UGAAACCGCGGAAGAGCAACAGCCCACUCGAGCCAGCGGAACCCCAAAAUGUUCGUCCUCCGCAAAACCCUCCUCCACGGCCUCCCUGCGCCGCCGGCCGCCGCCGCGGCCGCCCCCUCUCGGAUCUCCUCCCUCCUCCGCCUCCUCCCCUCCGCCUCCUUUUCCGGGGGCAGCGGAGGUGGGGACGAAUGGGGCGCCUCCUCCUUCCCCGGAGGCGGCAGCGGCGGGGGUGGGGACGAAUGGGGCUCCACCUGGUCCACCGGCCUCACCAAGGACCACUUCGACGGAUCCUCGCCCUCCGUCGGCCGCCCGGCCCCUUCGCCCUCCGUCGGCCACCCGGACCCUUCCCAGUCCGCGCCCAUCUCCCAUGAGCGGGCGGCCGUUCGCUCCAUGGACGAGUGGGACGAGAUGAUCCGGGAUCUGGAGCGUAGCAAUGUCGAGGCGAAGGCGUUUGUGGAUUCAUGGGACGACCGUUGGCGGGAGACCUGUGCGCUGCUGAAGCAGGUGCGGGAGCCGGGCGCUCGGGGCUCGUACCUCAAGGACUCGGAGAAGCAGGAGAUGUACCGGCUGCACAAGGAGGACCCCGCGACUUACACCGUGGAGCGGCUCGCCAAGGACUUCCGCGUCAUGCGACAGCGCGUGCACGCCAUCCUCUGGCUCAAGGAGAUGGAGGAGGAAGAGGAGAGGAAGAGGGGCCAGCCGCUCGACGAUUCCAUCGAAAUCCUGCUCGACAGCUGCCCAGAGUUCUUCAAUUCCCAUGACAGGGAAUUUCAUGUAGCAACCCUUCCAUAUAAACCUGACUUCAAAGUGAUGCCUGAGGGCUGGGAUGGCACAGCACGAGAUCCUGAUGAGGUUCUAUACGAAAUUUCAAAGAAGGAAGAUCAAAUGUUGUAUGAGGAAUUUGUUCAGCGGUUGGAAUUCAACAAGAAGAAGGUGGCAGGGGAGGUUAAGUGCCACAAGUACAGCCGACGCCGGCCAGACAAUGGAUGGAGCUACAUGGUCGAAAAGCUUGGUUCUCAGGGAAAGCGUGGUGUUGGAGGGGGCUGGAAGUUCAUCAGCUUGCCUGAUGGAUCAAGCCGUCCACUAAAUGAUAUGGAGAAGAUGUAUGUUAAGCGGGAGACUCCAAAACGGCGAAGGAGGAUAAUUGCACCAUACAAGUGACAUUGACAACCUCAGUUUGUCGAAAUGCAAUUUUUCUCAACUGUCUUUUGACAUUCUCCAGGGAGGCUGAAGCUGAAACUGUGAAGUUGUUUGGAACCCCCAGAACUGGUCCUGUCUGUGUUUUCGCAGCACAGUAGAUGGUUUGAUGAAUAUUGUAUUUUGUAACAUGGAUGAUUUUCCACAUUUAGGCAGCUGAAUAAUCAUCUUUUGAGCUGUUGGUGUUCCUCCCCUCUCUAUACAUACAUUUCCGAGCAACAUUUCCAAGCCACGUGCUUUGUUGCAGGAUCUGCAAGGCAAAACACUUUGCGUAUAGACAUUUUUCUCAUAAGCUGAAACUCGAGAUUUAUUUUCUUUUGCCCUCAGUGAAUGGCUUGGUGUAAAA